AUAAAGCUGGAAAAUAUAAUAUUGAAGAUUUAUUCUCUGAAGAAUUUUCAAAUUCUUUUUCUGUUAAUAUAACACCUACAUUCAAACAUACUUUUAAUGGUUCUAACUCAACCUUAUCUCAAGAAAAUAAGAAGACCAAAACUGGUAAAAAUAAAAAAGAAUUGGUCAAAGAAACUAUUAUUCAAGAAAAUAUUUUGCAUUCUUAA